AUCAAAAACAAAUUGAGUUAAUACGAGUUGUUAGAAAAGUUAAGAUUGAUAAGUUAUUUAAGUUCACCCUGUGUUGCCUUGAAACUUGACGAAUGUGCAGAAAGAGUCGAGGGAAAACUUUGAUUGAAAAUCAUCGAACGAAAACUUCGAAAGAGUUGAUUUUAUAUUCUUCAUGGGGCCAUAAACAUCCAAAUUUGAUUUGGCUCAAGCAUAGUUUAGGCUUUCCACUGUUCUCAUAAAAUAACUGCCAUAUAUGGAAAAUUGCCGAGAAUUAUCCAAUGGGCGGUAUUAAUGAAUAAUGACUAGCUAUUAAUGAUAAAAACUACUUUCGAGGUUUUUUUUUGGUUUUCAGAGCCAAGGGAACAAAAGCGCAACUUGUAUAAGUAUCUGAUAGACCCAUAGCCUCUCAUCGGGUUCUUUUUCAACUCCGGUUUAUUCUGUGCAGAUUAUAGUUUUCUCAAUCAGGUUGUCAUGAUUCUCAACCAUCUGACUCUCUUUACUUAUAUCCACGUUAUACUUUAUUCUACCGUAUCUAUACAAUUCCUAGGAUUUUGACUGGAAUAUGCGAUGAAGGGACUCCUGACUGUUACUUCAGUUACUAUGAUACUUUCGACCUUCUGAUUAUUCCAAGUUUUUAGUUUGAGCUAAAAAUGAUAACUAUACUUAACGAGUGCAUACGUGUCUGAUAGCUCUGAUGGACGAAGAAAUAAAUGAGUUUCAACUUCUUAGUACAGAGCCAUGGGAACUGAACUGGGUUUUGGAUAAUGAACAGCCCCUCCCAUCCGUAACUAGUAGAGAAGUGACAAAAUGGGUUGAACAGGUCUACAACUAUCCUGAUAUCCUGACAAACAAGCGACUGCUUGUUAAUGCACUUGAUAUUAUAGAGUCUAGAUCGUCAAAAGCUAACGAAAACGGCAAUUCAAAUAUUGUUUCUUCGCCAAUAACUCCAUACAGGGAGCUCAUGGAUAUUCAAGUACUUGCGCGAAUGCAGGAAGACAGUCUUCGCGAAUCAACUUUAAAUAGGUCUAGAAAAGGAACAAUGAAUCGCAAAAGAACGCCAGUGCAAGAUGACAAUAGCCUAUCAGGUGUGCAAUCAGAUGAUCGCAAUUAUAAGCAAAUUGAAAGUAGUGUUUAUAAUUCUGUGAAAUCCGCAGAACCUCGCUUUCAACAUCCACAUUUUGUCAAUGCUGAAUCAGACACUGAACAUGGUCUCGAAGAGUUUGACACGCGCUGUUUUAGGAAUCGAAACCUUGCCGAUGUCGGCACGUUUCGUGUCAAGAGGAAAGAUGCGGACAAUAUUAAAAGGCCGGUAAUUGACAAAUGCAACACAACUGUAUCCAACAGCAACUUCGAAGAAACGACUCACAAUGACGUAGGAUUUAUACAAGAAGAGAUGCCAGGAACACAAAGACCCAUGAUUACGAAACCAUGUACUGUACAGAGACCUGUAAUCAAAUCUCGAAGCAGCAAUCUAAUACCUCCUAAGUUGUCUGUUCCGAAAACAUCCAGUAGGACUUCACAAGUUAACCCAGGACAGGGUCAGAGAUCAGAGCAUGGUUUGGACAGUAGUGCCGAGGAGCGUGAUCUCAGAAGCAGUCGGAAUAAGUCAAUUCCGAGAAACAGAAGCGGAAUUCCGCUCAUUUCCAAUGCACAUGACAAAACGAAGCACAGUGCAAUCAUAAACAAUAGUGGCAAUGUAUCUCAUGUGUCAUCAAUAGGAGGAAUGCAUAGCAAUGCGAAUUCGAAUAUUGGGAGGUUGUCUUCAAGAGAUAGUCGCAGUAUAUCUCCGGGACAGCGAAGAAGAAACAACAGUUGCAAUAGCUCCACAGCUCCCGGGCGCUCUCUGGCACUGAAAAAGGUCACAUCGACAAGAAGUAUUGCCAACCCCAAUGUAUCUCGUGGAGGUUAUGGAUAUGACAGCAAUAAUAUACGGAAAUCACAGUUGCCGACAAGUUUGUCAUCCAAUAGCUUAAAAAAUGUGCAAUCCUCCGUCAACCCAAACGACAGCAUGUCAAUUACUUCGUCUAAUUUUGCACUCGAUGACGAGUUUUACUGAAUCACUCACUGCCGCUGAUGCAAGUUUACAGUUCUAUAUGAAACUAAUUUAUUUCAACUCUUUUCCAUCGGUCUCACUUAUUAUUGGCUUCAAAUUAGAUAGUAGUGCGGAAUAAUUAGUGCUCGCAUGUGUUGAUAUUUAAAAUAGCAAGAAGAGAUGGAGUUAAAAUAACCAGCCAGCUGUU